CUGAAACUUAGCAAAAGAAGCAGCUAUCAAACUCUCUCAAUAUUUCUGUUUGUGUCACUUCAAAUGGCACAGCUACGCAUGAUUCUUCUAAUGGGGUUUUUGAUCUUCUUCGUUUCUCAGGUUUCAACUGAGAUACAGAGUAAAACUGUAAGAGGAGCAAACAGAAGGCUGAUGGAAGAGGUGGAUUGUGAUGGGUUAUGUUUAACAAGGUGCAGUCUUCAUUCAAGACCAAAUGUGUGCACAAGAGCUUGCGGGACAUGUUGCGUGAGGUGCAAAUGUGUACCACCGGGUACAUUUGGAAAUAGAGAAGUUUGUGGAACAUGUUACACUGACAUGACUACCCAUGGUAAUAAGACCAAAUGCCCUUGAUGAUGUCAUAUCAUGUGUUACUCUACCAGUAGAAGACUAGUGUUUGUAAGUUGGUGCUUGUACGUACGGUCUGUUUGCUUUUGUUAUAUGUUGAACUUUUAGUCUUGUUUGGCAGUGUGUUUUACCGUGUAUUAGCUGCGGAUUUUCAAAUAGUUGGUGUUGUUAUUUUGAUUACCA